AUGUCCGACAACACCAAACCUUCUUCCUCAACAACACCCAACACUAACCCUUCGAACACACAACCUCGUAAAAGACUUAUCAUCAAGCUCAGUUAUCCUCCUGGUUCAAGAAAACGUGAUUCAGAUUCUUGUGCCACAGAUGAAAACAAGAGAAGGAAGAUUCAAGAUUCUGUAAAACCAACCAUAUCCUGUUAUUGGGUUGAUUCAAAUUAUCAAACCAAAUCAACAGCUUUGUCUCAACCAAAAAAUAAUGGCAAUGUUAUUGAAAACAAGAAGAUCAUCAAGAACCAAGUUUCCAACACAAUACCUUUGUCUCAACCAAAGGAUAAUGACAAUGUUGUUGAAGACAAGAAGAUGAUCAAGAACCAACUUUCCAAAACAACACCUUUGUCUCAACCAAAGGAUAACAUGAAGGAUUCUGUGACAAGAGGUGAAGAAUGUGGGUUGAAGAAAGCGAUGGAGUGUGUUAAGAGGAGGCAAUGUUGGUUGAUAUUGAAGAGGAUGUUGGUAGACAGAGAUGGUUGGGAUUUGAAAGAUCCUCCAAAAAUAGCAAAGUCUAAUAAGUGUAAGAUAAAGGCAAUAGGUUUGAAGGAAAUAGAGAGAAAAAUGAGGUUGUAUGCAACAGAGGAAUCAUAUUUACCAAAUUGCAAAAAAGUUUAG